AUGGAUGGGAACAAAUCCUUCCCCAGUGACUUCACCCUUGUGGGCCUCUUCACCCACGGCAAAGCCUCAGGCGUCAUUUUCAGCGUUAUCUGUGUCAUAUUCUUUAUGGCCAUGAUGGCCAACGGAGUCAUGAUCUUUCUCAUCCACGUGGAUGUUCACCUCCACACACCCAUGUACUUCCUCCUCAGCCACCUCUCCUUCAUCGACAUGAUGUAUAUCUCCACCAUUGUGCCCAAGAUGCUGACUGAUUACCUCGCGGGGAAGAAGACCAUCUCCUUUGCUGCCUGCACAGCCCAGUACUUUCUGUACAUGGGCUUCGUAGGAGCCGAGUUCUUCCUGCUGGGACUCAUGGCCUAUGACCGCUACGUGGCCAUCUGCAACCCUCUCCGCUACCCCAUCCUCAUGAGUCGGCGUGUCUGCUGGUUGAUCUUGGCCAGCUCUUGGUUUGGGGGUGCUUUGGACAGUUUCCUCCUCACUCCCAUCACCAUGAGCCUCCCAUUCUGUGCCUCCCACAAGAUCGACCACUUCUUCUGCGAGGCCCCCACCAUGCUGCGGCUGGCCUGUGGUGACAAGGCGGCCUAUGAGAUGGUGAUGUACAUCUGCUGCGUGGUGAUGCUGCUGGUCCCCUUCUCCGUGGUGGCUGCAUCUUAUGCCCGGAUCCUCGUCGUGGUGCACGGGACGAGAUCAGCCGAAGGGAAGAGGAAGGCCUUUGCCACCUGCUCUUCCCAUGUGCUCACUGUGACACUGUUCUACGGGGCUGCCUUAUACACCUACAUGCUUCCCCAGUCUUACCACACCCCGCUCAAAGAUAAGGUCUUUUCUGCCUUCUAUACCAUCCUAACCCCGUUGUUAAACCCUCUUAUCUACAGCCUGAGGAACAGAGAUGUAGCAGGGGCUUUUGAAAGGAUUUUGACUCUCCUGGUGGGAGCGGCCAAGUUCCUGCAGGAGGACCUCGAGCUCUUCUCAGGAAUUGUGUCUGACCUGUUCCCCUUCGUCAAGAAGGAGGAAACUGGCCAUGGCAUCCUGGACCAGGCCAUCCGUAAAGCCUGUGAGAAGAGCAACCUCAAAGAUGUGGAGGGCUUCCUGACCAAGAGCAUCCAGUCGAAUGAGACCACAGUGAUGCAGCAUGACCUCAUGCUUCUUGGAGCCAAGUGA